AUGUCAAUACCUGUCAGUUCGGCGGGGAGUGCUUGCGAAUCGGGGGAGACGAUAACGUGCGACUGCCAGCUGAAUGUGCAGCCACCGACUAUUUGCCAGUGUGCGGCUCCAACGGCAAUACCCUACCAGAAUGAGUGUUACCUGCUGCAGGCUGCGUGCAAGCAGCAAAGCGAAAUAAAGGUGCUGGGAGAAGGAUCUUGUUCGAACGAUAUGGGAUCAGGUUCUGGAGAUGGAGGGAAUGAAGGUUCCGGAGAAACUACUUUGAAGAAAACCUCUUCAUGCGAUAUCUGCCAGUUUGGAGCAGAAUGCGAUGAAGAUGCAGAAGAUGUAUGGUGUGUAUGCAACAUUGACUGUUCCCGCAUCAGUUUCAACCCUGUGUGUGCUUCUGAUGGUAAAUCCUAUGAUAACCCUUGUCAGGUUAAAGAGGCAUCCUGCCAGAAUCAAGAAUUCAUAGAAGUAACAUAUUUGGGAAGAUGUCCAGAGAAUGUGACCGUGGGUACAAAAGCAGAAGAUGGGCUUUUUGCAAGAACUGAUUAUACAGAAAAAAAUGCCAAUAAAUUAGAAAAACCAGCUCGAGGAUUAUUUAUCCCAUGUCCCAAUCUCUUUGAUAAUCAUUGUCUACAUGGCAAAUGUGAAUUCUUGAUUAAUAAACAGGAACCAUCUUGCAGCUGCGAAGCGGGUUUUAAAGGACCACGCUGUGAACAAAAGGAGUUUAAUGUUUUGUAUGUAGUUCCUGGAGCUGGGAAACUUCAGUACGUCUUAAUAGCAUCCAUCAUCGGAGCUGUGCAGGUGGCCAUCAUUUUGAUUGUAGUUCUUUGCAUAACAAGAAAAUGUCCUAGGGGCAACAGAAUUCAAAGACAGAAGCAAAAUGCAACACACUACAGUUCUGACAACACAACAAGAGCAUCAACAAGAUUAAUUUAAAGCAAGCAUGAUUGUACAGCUGCAAAAAUAAUUACACAAAGCUUGGACUAUUGAUUAUCAUACAAAAUGGAACAACACAUGUUGCCUUGCAUUUGUGUUAUACUACACCAAUGAAUACAUAUACUACAGUUAUAUUUGAUUAUGUCUGGAUAUAUUUCAAAUAGUAUAUAAUGUCUUGAUGUGUUUUUCUGUAAUAAAUAAAUGGUUAACAAUUUAUAUCACUUGAUUUAGUUUGCACAUGAAGUACUAUAAAGCUGGACUAAUGAAAAAUAAAUACUUCUGUGAUGUUUCUUAAUUUUUUAAAGAUGAAAUGUGCUAUUGAUUUUUUUUUAAAAAGCAAGCAGUUUGUAUUGUUCGGUCAGGUUUUGCCUUUGUUAACUAGAGAAAAUGAGGAUCUACGAUGCUGUUAAUUGAUAAUUAAUUUUGGGAAGCUAUGAGUUAAAGACCAGAGGUUUGACCUUAAUUUUUUACAUGCUUGUUAUUGAAGGCCAGUGAGCUUGAAAACCUUCCAUUAUACUAUAAUGACAGUGCUGUUUAUUUGGAUUCAGUAGUAAUGUAUACAUGACAGUAUAAUACACCAUUUAAAAAAACUGUCAACAAGGCUCUCUCGGUUUAAACAGAUAACCUCCAUAAGUGUCAUUAGUGAAGUAUCCUAUUUUAUAUUGUGUGUGUGCUUAUGCACUUGCAUAACUCAAUGUACCUUUUACAUGAAUACAAGAACAUACAUUAUGAACAACUUUUAUCGCUUGGUUAUAGGUCACCUAGCCUGGUUAGUAAAAAAAAUGGUUUAAAUGUGAUGCAUUGACCAAAGUGGUAGAAAUUAGAGGAUCACACACAUACUUUUUGAUAAUGCAAAGGAUAGUUAGAGCGUUGUUUUGCUCUGCUGAGGAUCCUCAUUUGAAAUAUACAUUUCCAGUGCUAACGUUUCAUAAUAAGAUGACAAAAAUAAAAAUAUUACAGCAGCAAUA